AUGGCCACUACACCCACCCUUCAAGAAAAUGUUAAAACAAUAGAAGGAGAUCCUGAAAAUGCUUUAUCACCUGAUACUGAAGAGGAAAAUGAGGGAAGUGAGUCAAAGAAUGAAGGAGACAGUGGAAGAAAGAGACAUAAAUCAGCUGCUUGGGUGCAUUUUGAAAGGUUGCCAUUGGACAAAACUAAUGGAGAACCCCGUGCUAAGUGCAAGUAUUGCCCAACAACAAUUGGUUGUGACUCUACAAGACAUGGUACAAAUGGAAUGAGAAAACAUGUAAAAAGAUGUCCCAGAAAUCCGAACAAAGCAAACAAGUUGGCACAAUCUUUGCUAUCGGGCUCUCAAUUAGGGUCAUCUAAAACUUUGAGUCAUCAUCUAUUUAAUCAACUUGAUUGCAGACAAGCCAUUGCUAUAUUUGUGAUAUUGGAUGAGAUGCCUUUUAAUGUUAUGGAAGGUGAUAGUUUUAAAGAGAUGAUGAGAAGGUUAGAACCUCGCUUUCAAGUCCCUUCAAGAGCGACAGUUACUAGAGAUUGCUACAAGUUGUACCUUGAAGAAGCUAGAAAGUUGAAAAGGUAUUUUAAAAAAUCUCAAAUCCAUAUUUCACUCACUACUGAUACUUGGACUUCUAAUCAAAAUGCCAAUUAUAUGUGCUUAACUGCUCACUGGGUUGAUGAGCAUUGGACAUAUCAAAAGCAAAUCUUGAAUUUUUGUGUAGUUGAAAAUCAUAAGGGAGAAACAAUUGCUCAAGAAAUUGAGAAAUGCUUGCUGUUUUGGAGCAUUGAUAAGGUGUUUACAAUCACAGUUGAUAAUGCUUCUUCUAAUGACACUGCUUUGGCAUCUUUAAAGGGGGUCUUGAGGUAUUGGAAUGGUUUAGUUUGUGAUGGGGAGUUCUUGCACUUGCGUUGUUGUGCGCAUAUCUUAAAUUUGAUUGUUUCUGAUGGUGUGAAGGAUAUGCACAAGUGUAUUGAAGGCAUUCGAAAUGCCAUUAAAUAUGUGAGAUCUUCUCCAUCAAGGUUUCAUAAAUUUAAGGAGCUUGUGGAAAAAAUGAAAAUUGAUUCAAAGAGGCUACUAAGCAUGGAUUGUCCAACUAGAUGGAAUUCAACUUACAUCAUGUUAGAGAGAUCACUUUAUGUGACCUCAAAUGUUUGCUUUCAACAGAUAGUUGAUGUCUUUGAAAUUUUAUAUGAAAAUGCAAACAAUCAUGAUUCCUUGCUUUGUGAUAUGGCUAAGAGCAUGUUGACCAAGUAUAAUAAGUAUUGGGGGAACUUAGAGAAACUUAAUCUUUUGCUUGUGGUAGCAGUGGUUUCUUGCCCAAAAGAGAUUGAGGUUCAAGCAGAUAAGUACGCAGAGGUGGACAAGUAUUUGCACGAAGAGUUAGCUGAAGCACUUGAUCCAAAUUUUGACAUUUUAACAUGGUGGAAAUUGAAUUCGGCUAAAUAUAAAGUCCUUUCAUUGAUUGCAUGUGAUGUAUUGGCCAUGCCUGUUUUCACUGUGUCUUCAGAAUCUGCAUUUAGCACAGGAGGUCGUGUAAUUGAUGAUUUUAGGAGCUCCCUAUCUCCAAAGAUGGUUGAGGCACUAAUUUGUGCCCAAAACUGGCUAUCUCCAUCAACUGCAAAACUGAAAGGUGUUGAUGUUGAUAAUUUUAAUGAUACAGAGCAAGCUGUGGAAGAAGAAUCAUUAGCUUCAAAUAUCUCAGUUGAAGAGUAA